AUGUUGUUCCCGUCACCUUCACCGCCACCACCAUCACGACCUGAUAUGAUGUCGAAUGUCAAACCCCUCGUAAAGGCUCAUGCGAGAGCCAUGGAGGAAGAUGGAUGGCAAACUAACCCUGGCACCACUCCGAUGAGCAGUAGCAGUAAGAAGGAUACAUCAGGUGAAACAACGGACUUAUCUCAACAAGGGAGAGCUUCAAGCCCAGAAAGCUUCGUGAGCGGCGCCGAUUCAGCCACAGAUAAAGAAAGUAACGACCCGUCAAAAACUGUUCAGCUGAAGUCAACGCUGGAAGAUGACGGGAGAGAAAAGCGCACAGCCGAAGACGCCGACGAGAUCGGGCAAUACGAGGGCUGGGUAGAGGAAGCCCGGGGAAUGCAAAGAGGCCUGCUCAAAUAUGGACCACCAGUUCCGGCUAAAACAGGCCUGUUCAGAUAUGGAUCACCAGUUUCGGCUAAAAAAGUCCUGCUCCGAUAUGGUCCACCAGCUUUCGCUAAAUAUUGGAUUCAGAUUGCGAAUGGUGUCAAGACAGCCAUCACCUCAGGGGACAUGCAGAAUCUCUCUCUGAACAGGCCUGGAGAAGAACGCAAGGCAUGUGAGGGAUACCGUAAGGGACCCCAUGUUGUCCCGGAAGGAUCCAUCGUCUCUGUUCUUGGCGUCGGCUGGGAAUAUGGCGAUAAUGAAAAGGAUCCGAUCGGUUUACUGAACCCAAUGAACUGGGGGACAGGAAGACGACAGCCUUAUACGCUGGUUAAAGUCAAGAUGCACGUACCAAGUGACGAUCAUUCACCAGGGGAGCAUACCGUCAGCUGGGAGACUAGAUCAACUAUCGAAAGAAUAAUGGGCAAAGAAAAGAUUACUCUAGGCAAAAGCGUCGAGCUGGAUGGGAAAGUUCUUUUUGAAAAGUCACAGCCAAUUGGAAAAUCCGAUGCAUAUAUUAUUAUGGCGGCGGUGCGAUGCGAAGUACGGUACAGAGGGUGGAUGGACGAAAAACGGGAAGCUAGUUGCUAG